GUUGCCAAGUCUGAAUUUCCUCAAUGUUUUGAUGCGCUAUACGUUCUUGUGAAUCUCCGGAGAAAUUUAUUUUUUGCCUAAAUUUCCCUCAAUGUCCUGAGUUCGGAAAAGAUCAUGACCACCGUAGCAGGCAGCUUGAUGCGAUCCCUUGGCGCCGUGGCACAGAGCAUGGUGCAUGCGUCACCCAUGGCCCUGAGGGGGGUGUCUCAGGGCCUGGCAGCAAGGGCCACGCCGGCCAGUGCCACCUGGACGCCUCAGGUCACUAGCGUUCGGCACAGGUAUCACGCAGACAAGCUGAAGCGAGGGCCAGUGAUGAAGAACUAUGGGUAUGAGGACAGGCUCCACACGAAAGGCAAGUUUGUUUGUUUUGCAGAAUGCAGGUUUCAGGACUUCAUUUUCAUUUUUACUUUUUGUGUAAUUGCACUGUCCACUGUAGUUUUGCCAAUGGUCAUAUGGCUGACAGGUGUGAGAUGCCAGUCAGGCUCUCUGUUUAAGGUAUCUGAAGUUGACGAUUUCUCACCGGCUAACCCAUCCCCACCUCUCUCUUAUUCCACAGACAUCUUGGGAGACGGGAGCCUGAAGCCCACAGACGUCUCCUACUCUGUGCAGCAUUGGCUUCGUGGCUUUAAGGGCAACGAGUACCAGAUGCUGUUGAGGAAGCGAAAGUUUUUCCACGCCCAGAUGGGGCAGUAUCAGCCCACGAAGCUAACCGAGCUGAACAAACGCAUCCGCAAGCUGUACGUGCACCUUAACCAAAAGACGAAGGAUUACUACUGGCAUAAGGCGUAGUUUUUAUUUUUGUAGCUCUGUUCUUCUUUAUUAAUUUUUGGGGGGUUGGGGGGUGUAGGAAGGGUCUUUGACUUUUUUUUUUAAUUAUUAUUUUUUUUUUAGUUUUUAUAAGCAUUUUUUCAUUUCUUUCAUUUUCCACUAUUACAGGAAUGUAUAUAUAAUUCUUUUCAUUUUGAUUUUGAUAGUUGGACAAAAGAAGCAACAUUUCCAGUUUUUCAUUGCAUUGGGAAGUGAAAUACAUCCUGAUUUUUUGUUAAUUAAGAAUGGUAUUUGCAUAGACUUUUUUGUUAUAGAACUGUAUAUAAAACUUUGCCAAAUAAAAUUUGGUCGUAGAA